AAACUUCUCCAUCAACACAUUGCUCACAAGGAGGAAGCUUAAAGUGUUCCAAAAUGUCGCAUGGCUACUCUGGCUCCAACUAUGAUAGACACGUGGAAAGAACUGAGACAUCCACACUACACAAGAUGAAGGAGACAUUCUGGACGACGAAACAAGCGGUCAUACAGAAACUGGGCAAGAAGGAAGAUGAACAUGUAGUCGCUUCUGAUGCACAGCUGGACUCCAAACUGGAGGUGUUUAGAGCCAUACAAAAAUCCUCCAUGGAACUUUUGCAUGUGAUAGAGAAGUACCAGGACCGACUUUGUG